CUGACUGAAUGGUCACUACAACAUUUGCUGACAGAGAAUGACCUACUAUAUUUGUGUAGUUGCACUACAUUUCUCAGUAACGCGGUAGUAACAUCGCCGUCUUUUGAAUCAAAUCGUUUUUCAGUUGUGAAUUUGUUUUAUGUUUUAAGUUGUGGACAAUUUAGUCUGGAAGAUCUGCCAAACAAAGUUAAUUGGAAGAAAUCGUUAUUCCGAUUAUAGUCACACUCCUGUCCAGACGGUGGCAGGAAUGCAUAGUUUUUUGGUUGGUUUGCCAACUACCGGGAGUACACAAGUAAGAACAUUUCAGAGGAGUUUACGGGACGGGAGAAGUUCACGGUGUGUAGCCGAUGUUGAUUCUGUAAAGACAGUAUCGUCUUCAUAUUUUGCUGUGAUAAACACUGCUUGACCUUUUUAGUCACGGUAUCAUGACAUCUUAGCCGUCUUCGUCAGAUCCCACAUUAGCUCUAGAUCGCAGAGUAUUAUAACAUCUUAGCCUUCUUCAUUAGCUCGUACUGGAAUGUAUCAGUCAUAGGCAAGUGAGAGAUGCAGAGACCGCGACAAUAUAGAAGUGAAUUCCUCCAUGCGAAAUGCGACUUGCUAGUUAUUUAUGUAAUGUCGCUCUCUGGAACUUUUACAAACAAGGAACCAGAGCUUGAAAGCCAUUGUAUUUUUUUCCUUUGUGGUUUUCCCCAGACUAUAUAGGAAACUCUGGACGGGAUCGUCUCUGGUCCGUUGCUAACAUGAAUCUUGGACUGCCGUUGAACUCUGGCUGUGAUGAAACACACCAGGUACCCCUGAGACUGAUAGUGAAAGAGAAGGACAUAAAAGAAGAGGAAUAUGGACAUAUGAUUACAUGCCAAGAUGAAGAAGAAAAGCCCAUUGCAGAUCUUCACUGUAAAACGGAAUCAGACUUCACCGAAUCAUUAAGCUCCACUUAUAAUGAAAUACUACAGACAACAGUGGAGGUUAAAGUGAAGAAAGAAGAGGAUGAGCAAGAACACAACGAUUGUCUUCUGGAAAGUGCAUCAGAACAUCCAGAUGGAACACAACAAAAGAUCCAUGGCCAGAAUGAUGAACUCAACCAGCAACUCAAUGGAAGGCCGUACCACUGCACAGUCUGCACGAAGAGUUCUACGGUCCUGAGAGAACUCGAGGAACACCAGGAAACACACACUCUUAGUGUUAAUCAAAAGCAGAACACUGGUGAAAAGCUUCGUAAAUGUGCCCAGUGUGGAAAAGCAUUUACAUGUUCCUCAAGUCUUCAAAGGCAUAUACUAAUACACACUGGAAAGAAGCUUCAUGUAUGUGCCCGGUGUGGAAAAGCAUUUUCACAGAUUUCAAAUCUUAAAACACAUAUGCUAAUACACACUGGAGAGAAGCCUCAUACAUGUACAGAGUGUGGGAAAACAUUUGCACUCCUUAAUAACCUCAACUCACAUAUGCUAAUACACACUGGAGAGAAGCUUCACAAAUGUGCCCAGUGUGGAAAAGCAUUUUCACGGGUUUCAAAUCUUCAAAGGCAUAUGGUAGGACACACUGGACAGAAGCUUCAUGUAUGUGCCCAGUGUGGAAAAGCAUUUUCACACAUUUCAGGUCUUAAAAUCCACAUGCGAAUACACACUGGAGAGAAGCCUCAUAAAUGUGCCCAGUGUGGAAAAGCAUUUUCACGCGUUUCAGAUCUUAAAACCCAUAUGUUCAUACAUACUGGAGUGAAGCCUCAUAAAUGUGCCCAGUGUGGAAAAGCAUUUUCACAAGUUUCAGGUCUUAAAAUCCACAUGCGAAUACACACUGGAGAGAAGCCUCAUAAAUGUGCCCAGUGUGGAAAAGCAUUUUCACAGAUUUCAAGUCUUAAAACCCACAUGUUAAUACAUACUGGAGAGAAGCCUCAUAAAUGUGCCCAGUGUGGAAAAGCAUUUUCACAGAGUUCAAGUCUUAAAACCCAUAUGUUAAUACACACUGGAGAAAAGCCUCUUAAAUGUGCCCAGUGUGGAAAAGCAUUUUCACAGAUUUCAAGACUUAAAACCCAUAUGUUAAUACACACUGGAGAGAAGCCUCAUAAAUGUGCCCAGUCUGGAAAAGCAUUUACAUCUUCCUCAGGUCUUCAAACCCAUAUGUUAAUACACACUGGAGAGAAGUCUCAUAAAUGUGCCCAGUGUGGAAAAGCAUUUUCACAGAUUUCAGAUCUUAAAAGGCAUAUGUUAAUACACACUGGAGAGAAGCCUCAUAAAUGUGCCCAGUGUGGAAAAGCAUUUUCACAGAUUUCAAGUCUUAAAACCCAUAUGUUAAUACACACUGGAGAGAAGCCUCAUAAAUGUGCCCAGUGUGGAAAAGCAUUUUUACAGAUUUCAAAUCUUAAAACCCAUAUGUUAAUACACACUGGAGAGAAGCCUCAUAAAUGUGCCUGGUGUGGAAAAGCAUUUUCACGCAUUACAAUUCUUAAAACACAUAUGCUAGUACACACUGGAGAGAAGCCUCCUAAAUGUACAGCGUGUGGGAAAAAUGUGCACACCUUAAUAACCUCAACAGACAUAUGCUAAUACACACUGGAGAGAAGCUUCAUAAAUGUGCCCUGUAUUCUUUCACCUGACUGAACGGUAUGAAUUCCAACUCCUUCCUGCUAUCAACACCCCAAAGAAGCCCCAUUAUUGCACUCAGGGCCUCAUUCACUAACAUUGCGACUGCAGCGCAAUCAGUGCCUUUGCCAAACCGCAUAUAGCGCACAGUGAUUUUCCGCAUUUUGCGUGGUAUUUAUCAAACCAGAUCCUAGUUGGGCAAUCAGCGCCUUACUCCGCCCAUUAGUGCUAAUAGCGCUUCGCUAAAAUAGGGGAGAAUGGGCCUGCUUGUUCCUGCCACCAUGGAUGAUGAGUUAGAGUUAGAAUUAGAGCUUUUGGUUCACAAGGUUACAAAUUUACAAUUUACUAGUUUAGUUGGUGUACUUCAGGUGCAAGUUAUUUUCGUGAAUAGAUACGCGUUACUCCUACGCAGAAGGCGAGCACUGUACUCAGUGUGCUUGAACGAUGGGUGGGAAUGGCAAAGAAUAUGGUUUAAACCAAACAUUGAGCAGCGAUUCUGGCUAAGACCUGGCAGAACAGCUAGCUGGUGGGACAAUUUUUUAUAUGCCUAUAUUUAAGCAAUAAGGUACUCGAGGCAGUACUGUAUCGUCAAUAAUGUACUGUUCAAGGGUGUUGUUAGGCCCGACGCGAAGCGUAACAUUUCUGAUGUUCGUAUUUCUUUUUUGAAUUAAUUGUAUCAAAUUUCUCGCACAAACAUAAUUUUCAUUUAGC